UUCACUGAUUUCUUUCGAUUAAAGCUUUAUUAUAAAUAGAAAAGUAGUCCUGAAUUUAUUUAUUGAAUUUCAAGCCAUUUACUGAAUUUCAAUAAAAAUGUUUCAAAACAUUACAGGAUGGAAUUGCUAGGAAUUAUUUGAUAUCUAACUACUUAGAUAACUACAUGUUUAGUCAAGCUUUUCACAUUCCUCUUUUAAAAUAAGCUUUUUUUAAAAACUUGUGUCCUUGUUUCGCAGUAUUGUCUGAUUUCAGUGGAGUAUGUAUAAAUCCUUUGCAAUAUUUUUCUCUCAAGAAAGAAAAGCAUUUGGAUGUCAUUUACUCUUUGUUUCAGUUUGCUUGCCAACAAUACUUACCCGGGAAGUCGUACAGAGCAGGAGAGACUCCUUCUUGAGAGCAGCACCUUAUAUGUAGGCAAUCUCUCCUUCUACACCACAGAAGAACAGAUACAUGAACUCUUUAGCCGAUGUGGGGAUAUAAAGCGCAUUGUCAUGGGCUUGGACAAAAUCAGAAAGACCCCAUGUGGAUUCUGUUUUGUUGAAUAUUACACAAGAACAGAUGCGGAGAUGGCCAUACGAUACGUCAAUGGUACCCGACUUGAUGACAGAAUCGUGAGAACAGACUGGGAUGUUGGUUUCAAAGAGGGAAGGCAGUAUGGUCGUGGGAAAUCUGGAGGACAGGUUCGAGACGAGUACAGAUCAGACUAUGAUGAGGGAAGAGGCGGGUACGGGAAAAUUGUCGCCAACAAAAUACGACCCCGGGAGUCAUUGUGACGUCAUUAUGGAUGAUUGAUUUGAAACGUCUGCAUUGAUUAUUGCUUUGAGUGAAGAACAUGUAGAAGAAACAUGGCAUCUCUUGUUUUAAAAUAUUAUUUUAAUAGCCUAAUACCGUGGCAUAUCUUAUAGGUCUUGCAUAACAGUAAGUUCACUUUUCAUGAAGGGAUUCCAGUAGUAAUUCAUUCUUCAAUUCAUUUGAGUUAAUGAAUAUAGAAAUCUUAGCAUAUUUAUACCAUAUCAAUAUAUGCAGCAAAACAAUAUAAAUGACAUACAUGAAUGUAGCUAUAUAUUUGUAUCUUUUAUUUUUCAUCAUAGAUUAAGUCUUUUUAACCCAAGUUAGCUAUCCCUAAAUGUGAAAGCUUAAGAUUAUGCUAUUGUUAUUUUAAUCACACAUUUUAACUUGAUCAACCAUAGUUCAUCUCUUUGCAUCCAAUUUAUUGUCUGUCAUGUCAUGGACUUACUCCAUUGAAUAGGUUUAAUUUUAUUUUUCUUACAAAAUUUAACAAAAAAACCACGAAACAACAAACAUUUUAAGCAAUUGACCAUUGAACAAAUGUUUUUGUGUUAUCAUUCCAAGAGGACCAAAAUAGCAACAUUAAAUGCCAAACAAAACCACCAUGUUGGGGGAUAGAAUGGACGAGAUUAUAAGUUAUUUUUAGAUGGUAUAAUUGAAAAAUAAUGAGUUUUGUUGUGUUUUAGAAAUCAUUUUAUUAAUAUCUUGUCAUAGUAGUUGUGUUAUUUUUUUACAUAAUGAUUUAUCUUAUACUGCUGGUUAUUUGCAUUCUUUGUCUUGCAUCCAUUAAUGGGGAUGAACUUGACUCUCUGGACUUCACUGUUCUGCCGAUUGAAAUGAAAUAAUAUUAUGAAUUGUAUGUAAAUAUUAAAUUGAUAA